AUCAGUAAAGGAUGGGGACUGGACUGGAUUGAUCCCGCCCUCCCCUCCCUUACCGAUUCAAACCGUAAUCGAAACGUGGACUCAGCCUCGACAUCAGGCAGCUGUUGUCAAUGGGACUUUGUUUAUGUUUCUCCCUCGUCCUUCCCCCUUAGGUCGUCUCCGCCUGUUUAUUGCUGAAAAUAGGAGCUCUACAUUGCAGUAGUGUGUGUGUGUGUGAAGCUGCAGUGUUUCGGUCACGUAGGGAUGGGGCAUCUUUCCUGUCUGUAUGGAUGCUGCCUCCUCAACCCCUUCCUCCGCAUCCAUUGGUAUAAAAUGAGGCCCUAAUUUUCAUCAUCUAUAAACUGAUUGAGGAAACAAGAGUUUGUGAAUCAAUUUGUUUUUACUUGCUGUCAACGAAUGUGCAUUCUUUAGCUACGCGUGUCCUUGCUUAAUUUUUGACCGACUAUCGCCAUUCAGCUUUGGGGAAAACAACAUUUGCAGAUGAUGAUGUCUAUCUCAACUCGGUUUCAAAAGUCCGCAGUCACACAAGAAACCGAGAGCACCGACAAGACCAGGUGAAGCGGUUCUGACAUUGGAACGUCGUCCAACUUAACAUCUAUGUUCCUUUUUAGUAGAUGGCCUUCGAGGUUAAUUCAGAAAAGCUCUCCAGUGGAUGACAACACCUGCCUCGACUCUAGGGGACCAUGGAGGACUCCGAUUCUGAGUCUGUGCAAACUGUUAAAGAAAAUUCGCCGAAAACUGCAGUUCGUCAAGAUCCGCAUUGUAAUUUUGUGGCACAGCAGACGGACACUGCAUCGCCUUCAGAUAGGUACAGGCAAGAGAACCGAUAUCCAUUUCAUGAAAAUUUGAGCAAAAAUUUGCCAUUGAUUAAUCCAAGCGCACUUGAAACCUUGGGGACUUUAAUGCAAGAGAUUCAAAAUACCAGUGGGACAGAUCCUGAGAUUCUGAAGAACUGUGAGGCAAGAUGGUUGCAGCUCUUUAAACUAGUGGAAAAACAAUACCAGGAUCAGAUUUUGUCUCAACAGGACCAAUACCAAUGUCAGAUCCAACUUAUUCAAGAUGAAAUCAAAGCAUUAAUUCAAUUGCAAAAUGACAUUGGUCUCCGACACUCUACAGCCAGGUUACCAUCCUUUACAAAACUUGUAACUGAUACAACUGCAUCCACUUUUCUUAAUGGCGAUGGCUUUGAGGAACUGGAAUGUAAAAUAAAAUCAUUUGAUGUACAAUCUGACUGCAGUGAAACAGAAGAACAGGUAAUGGCUAGCAAUGAAUGUAAUCAUGAAUGGAAAGAAGUUCAGGACAACGUGCCACUGACCAGUGAAUAUGGAAAAUUUUCAGCAUCCAUGCAAUCUGAUUUUCAUGGUAUUGGUACAGUGCAUAAUUCCAAAUUGAAUACUGCAAACAGUAAACAGAAUAUGAAGGAAAAUGAUCCAGUCCGGCUGCAUUAUCUAUCCCAUUUUCCUCAGCUGAAAGAAAGUGGACAGCCGUCAGUGACUUUUGCUACUGCUAAUGAGUACUCUGUCACAAGCAAAUCAAUUCAAGACCUGAGGACUAACCUGGAAGAGAGUAGCAAUAAAUCCAAUUUGGAAGCGACAGUUGCACCUGAGAGUCUGCCGGGGAAGCAGAAUAAGGCUAAAGGGUUGACAUCAUGGGCACAGAAAGUUAGACAGAAGAAUCACAAAUCAAAAUUUGUAAAUUCAGCUGGAUUGGAGAGAAUGCAGCCACAGGAAUGUGGGCAGCCCCAGGAAACUGAAACACCAGAAGAUAUUCAUUUGCUAUCUGCAAGCUCAUCUCACAACUCCUUCUACCUCAGCAGACCUUCUAGCAGUCCAAAUUCUGUGGUAUCUAAUAUUUCAGGACUUUCUUAUUGGAGGCUGAAUGAAAGGGAGCUGUAUCACUCUUUACCAAAGAACAAGGAGGCUGACCUUGUUGACACAUUUUCUUCCAUCAAAACUGAUAGAUAUCAGCUUCCAGUGGGCUCCCGAUGGCAAGUCUCUUCACUGCGGGAGAUUUAUAAUGUGAAGCAGAAGGAAAAUCAGAGUGCACCUGGCUGGGAAUUGAGUUCCCCUCCACAUCGUCAGUCUCCCCCACAGGUUUUAACACUUGAUCCUACUCUUCAUAUGAAGCCACCUGCUGCAUUUUCUCCACAAUAUGACUUCUCUACUCCAGUAGCAGUUUCAGAAUCUGAUACUCGGUCUUCAGUCAGCCCAGACUCCAUAAUGAAUAUAACUGUACAAAACUAUUCUGAUCAUAAUUCAGAAUUACAUGUAGAUACUUUGCUAGGAUCAGAAUUGACCAGUACUUCCAGAUGUUCCCAGCAGUUAAAGAGCUGGAAUCUCCAUCCUGCCUCUCGGGCUUUCUCUGCUGUCAACAGUCCACAUUCUAAAAAUUUACAGCCAACAAGGAAUGCAGGCUCAUUGCAUGGUCAAGUAGAGGGUUGCAGUUCUACACUGGCACAACUACCUGUCCCUUCUCUUGGCCCAUCGGGGAUCAAAAACAGUGUAAGUGGCUCAGAGGAUCACCGCGUAUCUGCAUCAUCUCUUGAAGAUCCUAUCGUAUUAUCUAUAGCUCGCCUAAAUCUACGUGAGAAGCAUGCACGUCAUGUGGCUGACAUUAGGGCAUACUAUGAGGCAGAAAUAAACAGCCUUAGGGAAAAGUUGGCAAGCUUAAAUGGAUCUUCUACAAUAUUUGAAGCAGAGAAACAUAACGAGGAUCUUUUAAAAAGGUGUGAACAACUGGAAAGAGCUUUAACUGAAGCUGGUAAUCGUAUUCAAGAUCUGGAGAACAAGAACUACUUAAUGGAAAUGGAGUUAACUGAUUGGCCAGCACGUUACGAUGCAGUUAGUGCCACGGCCAAUGCAUUACAACAGCGUCUUGACGAAAUGCGAAAAGACAACAAGGAGAAGGAUAACAUGGUCAACAAACUCAAUAGCAGGCUGAAAGAUCUAGAAGACGCCUUUGAAAAAGCUUACAAACAUUCUGAUAAUAAAGAUGCCAGAAUGAAACAAGAGCACAAAAUAUUACAGAAUCUACUUGUAGAAUAUGAGUCACUGGGAAAAGAACACGAACGAGUAAAGGAAACUUUGAGUACAACAGAAGAUAAACUAGUAGAUGCAAAUUCUCAAAUCUCUGAGUUGAAAAGGGUUGCUUCUAAACUUGAAGCUCAAAUUCGACAAGUGGAACAUGAGAGAAACUAUGUGAAGGUCCGAUUGGGGGCACAUUGCUGUUCACGGACAUCAAGCAGUAGUGGUCAGAAUGCCCAGGGCAGUUCUCCCUCUGGAUCUCCGCUCUACACUCGCAGCCAUGCACCUAACCUCUCUACAGUCAACUAUGCCUCAACUGAGGGCCACACUCUCUCAGAAUUGCAAAGGACCCCCAUUGUGAUCCAAUGUCCAAUUCAAUAUGUCCUUUUCCAUCAACCUGAUGAAAAUCAUUCUCCUACAAAAACUCUUCCUGAUGAUGUUGCAAGACGCAAGUGGCUGACUCCAGGUUCUGACUAUUCCAUCUUCACAGGACAGCCUUUGGAAAAUCACUGUAAUGCUUGUAGCAAUGACUUUGGGGAGACGAACCUGCAGCCCAGAAGGUACCAUUCUCCACCAGAGAAAGAUAAUCCCUUUAAUCAGCGAGAUCCUUCAAAUGGUUUGGAGGAGCCAAUUCCUCCUAUUCUCAAAGCAUUACAAAAGCUUGAUUCCAGAAAUGUAUCUGAAAGCUGGGAAGCAGAAGCACCAAAACAUGUCUCAGAAGCAGGUGAUGCUACAAAAUUCUUGAAUCGCAGACAGACUGUAGGAUUUGCAGAUUCCACUUGCAGUGGAGACAAGUCUGAGGACUCUGUUAAGGAUCGAACCAGAUCAAAAAGUAGCCGUUCUUCCCCAGGUCAAAGAUCAUCUUCUGUACCCCCUUCAAACCGGAGGCUAACACCCACUUCUACACCAACUAAACGGAAUACUUUGCUAACAUCGCUGUCUGCUAAGUCCAGUCCCAAACGCUGUCCUAAAGAGAAUCUGUCUCCUGGGUUUAAUCAUCUCCUUGGCAAAGAAGAAAACACAGUGACAAAGUUUGACGUAAACUUGGAUGAAAUGGAGCUUCCAAAUUCAGUCCCAUCUCACAGUUCAAGUCCAAGAAAGAGACUUCAGUUCCUUCCACUGGAAAAUACAAAAGCAGUACAAAAUUCAAGGAGUUAUGUUGAUGCUAAGUUUCAAGUUGAAACACUUUCAGAUUCUGUAUUAAAUGCGAUGAAGGUGGGGUCUGUUACUAGUCGACCAGCUUGGGAAGACAAGAUGACCACUUUUCUCCAGAAAGAGAAGAAAAUUCCGAUGCUGCAAACUCCGUAUGAGACAGAACUGACAUACAAAGCAAGAAUGGAGGCACUAGGAGAAACUGAGAAACUCUUUGAUGCACUUACACAAGAAAAACAGCAGAUUGAAGCUGCGUUAAGUCGCAUACCUGGUUCAACAGGUAGAAUGACUCUGCAAGCAAGGCUUGAAAAGGAAGCUUUGGAAGAUCGUUUAGAAAAAAUCAAUCGGGAUCUAGGAUCAAUCCGUAUGACAUUGAAGCGGUUUCAUAUUUUACGAACUUCUGCAAAUUUGUAAGCUGUUUCCUGCUCUUAUUUGACCAAAUCAUUACUUGCACUAAAACUACAUGUAUAUGCACAUUUCUCAUUGAUAAAAGAUGGGUUUAUUUUGGAAUAUUGAAACUGAAUGAUGGCCUUAAUAUGUGUGUCUAUAUAUUAGAGGUCACACUGUAAGUGUAACAAAAUAUUCUGUGCCUUUUUUACGAAUGUAGUCAUAAUGUACUAGUUUUGUGAAUUAAAAAUUAGAACCAAAUCCCUACAAGAUAUAUUUUAGUAUUGUUUAGGGAAUGCACAAUAUCUGUACUUUUGUAUUGGAUGUAGAUCAUAUAGAGUGGUUACUGCUUGUAAAACCUCCACUGAGAUGUAAAAUGUAACCAAAUAUUUUGAAGACUUGGGAGUUUUGUUUCUCAGAAUUUUUUAACAUUUUAUAUUCAAUGUUGCAAUACAUUUUCUUGAACUAAUUUUUCAAAAAAAUAUAAAAGUGAAGUUAAAUAAACUUAUAGGUUAAA